AUGGCCGAAAUUGAUAAACGUUCGGAAUCCAGUCUACAAAUUGGUGGUUGUGAAGGACCUGAAGCUAUGUACGUUAAGUUAAUAGCGAAUGAUGGCCACGAAUUUAUUAUUAAGCGAGAGUUUGCCUUAACAUCGGGAACAAUUAAAGCGAUGCUUAGCGGCCCAGGCCAAUUUAGUGAAAAUGAAACAAAUGAAAUUCGAUUUCGUGAUAUACCAUCUCAUGUCUUAAGUAAAGUAUGCACCUACUUUACUUAUAAGGUCAAGUAUACCAACAGCGGAAAUGAAAUUCCGGAAUUUGUUAUCCAACCUGAGAUAGCACUAGAACUACUCAUGGCUGCCAAUUUUCUCGAUUGUUAGAAUCUGUGUCAAAUAGAAUGUAUUUGUAAUAUGAAAUUGAGUCACUUAUCGUGACGGAUUCAACUAUUCAACUUUUCUACACUGUACUUUUACUUGCACUCAUAAUUUCCAUGUUGUUCUAAGACCAUCAUAUUUAGAUUGUUUGAUGUCUUUGCAAAAUUUAAUAUGACUCCGGUUUUUACCAGACUUUUAUUAAGUUCACUUUACAAGUAUUUAUCUUUGUAAGAGAAUAGCUAUUCUGCACGUAACAAAAUUAUCAUCUCCUGUUAUUAUAAUGUGAUUGAU